UAAAAAUAUAAUUAAAUAAUUGAUUUUAUAUUAAAAUCAUGAAAAUAAUGUAGUAUUUAAUUAGUGUAAGUGUAUGAAGCCACCCUUGGUUGGUGUGGCUCAACGAUUUGGAUAUUUUGGGAAUGAUCCCAAAUCAUGGGUGCUCAGCAAACUAAGGAUCGAGCUGUAACAACGGGAUCACAUUCUAUACGAACAACAAGGAAUAAACCUCGUGUACCAAAAGAUGGACGAACAUUGGGCUCAAACAUAUUUACUGAACAUAGUGGUACGUAUCCACAGAAAACUCGACGAUAUCAUAAUUUCAAAAACUCUGAGGCCUUAUUACAAAGUCGGCCUUUACCUCAUAUCCCAGAUUUACCAGAUACAGAACCACCAAGCAUAUCAUCUGGAGUUGGUACGGUAUCUACUUUGGCAGCUCAAGGUACUGGUGCGACAUCAAGUUCAGGAUCAGGUCCAACACCAGGGACACCUCUUCCACUUGAAUCAGCAAAUAGAUGGACGUCAAAAGAAAAUUUGUUAGCUCAAGAAGAAGAUGAUCCACAAUUAUUUGUAGCUCUCUAUGAUUUUCAAGCUGGUGGUGAAAAUCAACUUAGUCUUAAAAAAGGUGAACAAGUUCGAAUAUUAAGUUAUAACAAAAGUGGUGAGUGGUGUGAAGCACAUUCAGCAUCCGGUCAAGUUGGAUGGGUACCAUCAAAUUAUGUAACCCCUGUAAAUUCUUUAGAGAAACAUUCCUGGUAUCAUGGGCCUAUCAGUCGUAAUGCUGCCGAAUACUUGCUAAGCAGUGGCAUAAAUGGAAGCUUCUUGGUACGUGAAUCAGAAAGUAGUCCUGGUCAGCGUAGUAUUUCAUUACGUUACGAAGGUCGAGUUUAUCAUUAUCGAAUAAAUGAGGACAAUGAAGGAAAAGUGUAUGUUACUGCUGAAAGUAAAUUUAACACUUUAGCUGAGUUAGUACACCAUCAUUCAAUGCUUUCUGAUGGACUUAUUACACAACUGUUAUACCCUGCACCAAAGCAUAAUAAACCGACAGUAUUUCCACUUAGUCCUGAACCGGAUGAAUGGGAAAUAAAUCGAACUGAUAUUGUUAUGAAACAUAAAUUGGGUGGUGGACAAUAUGGGGAUGUUUAUGAAGCUGUUUGGAAACGAUAUAACAUGACGGUUGCUGUAAAAACGCUUAAAGAAGAUACAAUGGCUUUAAAAGAUUUCCUAGAAGAAGCUGCAAUUAUGAAAGAAAUGAAACACCAUAAUUUAGUUCAACUGUUAGGAGUUUGCACCAGAGAACCACCGUUUUAUAUUAUUACUGAAUUUAUGUCUAAGGGAAAUUUACUAGAUUAUUUAAGAAAUGGCAAUAAAGAUCAAAUAAAUGCUGUUGUUUUAAUGUAUAUAGCAACUCAAAUAGCAAGCGGAAUGAGUUAUUUGGAAAGUCGAUGCUUUAUUCAUAGGGAUUUAGCUGCAAGGAAUUGUUUAGUUGGAGAAAAUCAUUUAGUAAAAGUAGCUGAUUUUGGUUUAGCUAGACUUAUGAGAGACGAUACAUAUACUGCACAUGCUGGAGCUAAAUUCCCCAUCAAAUGGACAGCUCCUGAAGGAUUAGCUUAUAACAAAUUUUCAACGAAAUCUGAUGUUUGGGCUUUUGGGAUACUUUUAUGGGAAAUUGCAACGUACGGCAUGUCACCAUAUCCAGGUGUUGAUUUGACGGAUGUUUAUCACAUGUUAGAAAAAGGAUACCGCAUGGAAAUACCACCAGGAUGUCCACCAAAAAUAUAUGAAUUAAUGCGACAAUGUUGGCAGUGGGCCCCACAUGAAAGACCAACUUUUAAAGAUAUUCACCAUGCCUUGGAAAAUAUGUUUCAAGAGUCCAGUAUUACGGAAGAAGUAGAAAAACAACUUCAAAGCGGUGACAGUGGUGUUGUUUGUGGUACACCACAAUUAUCAUAUAAAAAAGCGCACUCGGGUAGUGCCAGUAACAUACACAAUAUACAAACAACACAUCAAGAUCAAAGUGAAAAUCAUUCAGUGAUUGGAAAACUCAGUACUUUUACAGGAGCACCAAUAGCAUCAGGAAAAGCCAGUUUAGUUCAAAUGCGGAGGCCAACAAAUAAAAGAGGCAAACAAGCUCCGGCUCCACCUAAAAGAACUAGUUUGCUUUCAUCGUGUAGUUCAUUUCGAGAUAGUUCUUACGUUGCUGAUGAAACAAAUCAGCAAGAAGUCACUCUUGAAGAUGGUACUGAUAUUAAUGGUUUGACAAGAGAUUUACAAGGCCUUACAGCUAGUACAAAAGGAGAUAGUGAAAGUGAUAUACAAGAUCAAACGCCCGAUACUGAUGAUUCUGGUGCACAUUCAUAUCCUGAAGCAAGUACUGGUACUUUUAUGACUGGAACAUCUGCACCAGCUGGUUCUUCAUUUAAACGUGCGCCUAUUAUGGGUAAUCGAGGAUUAGAACAGCGAGGAAAGAAAUCAAGAACGUAUCCACCGAAGGAGACUGCUAAUACUCAAAAGGUUGUACAAGUCGCAGCUUUAGAAGUUCAAAAUGUUAAGCGUGCCAUCAACAGAUAUGGAACUCUUCCAAAAGGUGCCAGAAUUGGGGCAUAUUUAGAGUCCUUACGUCAAAGUGGUUUAUCGACAAACCAAGAAAAUGUUCCUACAACUUCAGUUACAUGUCCUGAACAACCUACUGACUCAACGGUUAGAUCUUUAUCACCUCGUACAAACAUCCGAACACAACCACAAAUGAUACGAAGCAAUUCAUCGAGUGGUGCUACACCGUUCCAUCAUUUAAAUCAACCGCCAUCAUCACCUACCGCUGUGAAACUACAUAGACCCCGUACUGGUAUUUCGAGAAAUAACAGUGCGGAUGUGGGUCUACGUACUUUUAUCUCUAUGAAUAAUUCUUCAUUUCGUAGUGGAGGUAGCCCUUCUCGAGCUGCUCAACCUUCAUUAGCCGAUUUAGAAUUCCCGCCCCCACCGACUGAUUUACCACCGCCUCCUGAAGAAUUUGAUAAUUUAAAUGAUCCUAUAGAACCCCCACCUACACUUUCAACUUUUAAACGACCAAAUAUUAUAAAGACUAAUAGCGAUGUGAAUAACACAGAACCAUCCGUUGAAGAAGCUAGUUCAAGGUUUGGUAUAAGUUUACGACAUCGCGAAACAUCAACAGAAACAUCAAAAGAACGAACACCUAACACACCGGAUCCUGUAGAUUCUAGUCCCGCGAGUGAUGCACCAGCUGUUGGAAGUCCCAGUCCUUUUGAACCAUUACCUUCACCGCCGCCAACACCCGAAUCUGAUAAAGUUAAAAAUGAUAUAUCACCACUGUCUUCACAAAAUGAAGAUGAUAAAUCGCUAUCAAAAGUCUUAAAGAGUACGGUACCUGGUGCAAAAGAUAUAUUUGAAUCAAAACUAUUAGCAGAAAUCAAAGAAAAAUCGAAUCAAAAACAAAAAGAAAUCUCAACCAAAGAAAAUGAAACAGUAGAAAACAACGAUCCUAAUAAAAAUGAAGUGAAAUCAACACUUCGAAAGACUUCCCAAUCAUCUUUACCACCAAAACCAGACACUAGUAAUAACACAUUUAAAUCACAAUUAAAAAAGGUAGAUACUUCGAAACGUCCUCCUGUAACAGUAAAAGAUGAAUCCAAUUCACAAACAGGUUUAAUAAUUGACUUUAAAUCACGUUUACGAAAAGUGGAUAGUGGUGGAAGUGAUAAACGGCCAGAAAAUGAAGAUGACGAACAAUCACAAGAUGUGAGUGGCGAUUCAGAAGGUACAAAUCAUUCCGGUGAUACAAAUACAAAACGAGAAAGUACCGCCAGUAUUAAUAGCAACGAUAGUGGCUUGAAAGCGGAUGAGAACGAUGAUAAACGAAGAAGUACCGGUAGUAUUAGUAGUUUGAAAAAAAUGUGGGAAUCAAAAGAAACAAAUGAAAAUAUUUCUGCAUCUCAAUUAAGUCCUAAAUUAGCUGUGAAAAGCAAUAAUAAACAAAAAGAUGAUAAUUCUGAAGAAUCGCCUCCAAAUCAAAACGAUAAUCAAAUAUCGGAGGAAACAUCUGAAGAAAAUUUAAUGACAAAAAGUUUAACUGUAAUAAAAACAAAUGAACGACGUGUAUGGCCACCGAAUGCAGAUGAAAAACCUAUCGUACCCGUAAAACCAUUAGUAAAAGCUGUUAAACCUGUAUUAGGUGCUGGUAAUCGAUUAGGGCCAGCUAUUUAUGCAACACCAAUUGCAAUGAAACCACCAGUCUCAAUAAAACCCACAGUAAUUGACAAUAAUAAAACACCCAACGAUGAUGAUGUGAACAAACAAUCUCAUGAGAAAACAAGUCGCGAUAAUAUACUAGAAAUAUCACAAGCAUUAGAAACAAGUUUAUCAUCAAUAAAAGUUAGUUCGACUGUCACAACGUCAACAUGGCUACAACUAUCUGAUAAAUUAGGUUUGUUACAUACAUCGUGUGUUGGAUAUGCGGAUACAAUGGUUCCCGCUCACUUAAAAUUUCAUUUUAGAGAAUUAUUAAGUCGUUUAGAAAAUGAAGCAUUACAAUUACGUUCAGCUGGUAGUCGAAACGUUACUGAUAAUACACGAUUAUUGGCUGAUGUUACAAACACGAUUAAAGAUGUUGUGAAUGCUGUUCUCAGAUAGAUUUUUAAUAUUGUAUGUAUGUAUAAUGUUGUGUAGUCGAGUUUUUUGUUUUUGGACCUUUUUUUAUUUAAAUAUCAGUGAACACAUACAAAAUAUUUUUCCUUUUUGCUAUUAUAUAUUAUAUAACCUUUUUAUACCUAGCGGAUAAGUUUAAA